AUGUCGCAAAGGUUCAGCGCCUCAUCGCUACACCAGCGCGACUCUCGCUCCGCCCUCUUCGACGGCUACCCCGGCGAAAGCACCCCGCAACGAGGUCCCAGCCCGAGCGUCAACGCCAACGCCAACGGCGGAUACGGCUAUGGAUAUGCCGCCAACGGCGGCUACGGCGUCGAGCGACACUCGUACCGGAGCGCGACGCCCAACAAGAAGGGCCAAUAUAGCGAUGCGGUGCUGAAUGAGCUGGAGAGCCAAAACGAUGCCCAAGUUGCAGGGAUUCUGGGCAAGGUCAGGACGUUGAAAGAUAUGACUGUUGCCAUCGGCGACGAAAUCCGCGACUCAUCCGCGCUAGCCGAAAAGAUGAACGACUCAUUCGACUCGACAAGGCUGCGGCUCAGGGGCACCAUGAACCGCAUGCUACUCAUGGCUGAGCGCACAGGCGUUGGCUGGAAAGUUUGGUUGCUCUUUUUUGCUGCCGUUGGGAUGCUGUUCUUCUACGUGUGGCUUUUUUAA